GAAAAUUUGAAAACAGAGGGAAACCUAAGCAGACAAACAGAACGACGCUCGUUUUAAGCUGGUGGUAAUGGCGGUGGACGCAAAAUCAGUGCCUCUAGAAGACCAAGAAGAACAAGAACGACAAGUGCAGCGCCAUGAUGCACCUGCACAUAACCCUUCUGCUCCGCCCGAUGAGUUCUUUGACAUCUCAACAACAGUAGAUCCUAGUUAUGUGAUCUCUCUGAUACGGAAGCUUCUACCGGCUAAUGCAAGUAAUAAUCACAACUCGCAUGGUGAUGUUUUUUUUGCCCAUGUGCAAGAAUUAGAUACUGAUCACACAGUUAAGACUGCUCCCACUCUGCACGUAUCAAAUGAUGGAUCUGAGAGCAUGGAAAUUGCUGAUGAUUUUCAUAAAAGUGCUCCUGAGGAAAGACAAAACAAUGGUUCAUAUGAUGGAGCCGAACAGUGUGGCCAUAGUGUCCCAGUGGGAGAAGAGGCUUGGGAAGAAUAUGGUUGCAUUUUAUGGGAUCUUGCUGCAAGUAAAACUCAUGCAGAACUCAUGGUGCAAAACCUUAUACUUGAAGUGCUUUUAGCGAACCUUAUGGUUUCACAAUCUGCGCGUGCUACGGAAAUCACCCUUGGAAUUAUUGGAAACCUUGCCUGUCACGAAGUUCCCAUGAAACAUAUAGUCUCUACAAGUGGAUUAAUUGGAACUGUUGUGGAUCAGUUAUUUUCAGAGUAUGCUCAGUGCUUAUGUGAAGCCUGCAGGCUGUUAACUGUGGGUCUUCAAAGUAGUGAACGUAUAUCUUGGGCCAAAGAAUUGCAGUCUGAACAUAUUCUGAGCCGCAUUUUAUGGAUUGCGGAAAAUAGCUUAAAUCCACAGCUUAUAGAAAAGAGUGUUGAACUCUUGUUAGCCACCAUUGAAAGUUCAGAGGAAGUUGUGCUUAUUCUCCUUCCACCUUUAAUGAAGCUGGGCUUAGCAAGUCUAUUAAUAAAUCUCUUGGAUUUUGAAAUGAGCCAAUUAUUGAGUGAAAGAGUGCCUGAAAGGUACCCGGUUCUUGAUGUAAUCCUCCGUUCCAUUGAAGCUCUUUCUGUUAUUGAUGGUCAUUCCCAAGAGAUUUGUUCAAACAAGGAUCUUUUUCGGCUAGUUUGUGAACUGGUCAAACUCCCUGAUAAAGUUGAGGUUGCAAAUUCUUGUAUCACGGCUGGAGUUCUAAUUGCAAACAUUCUUUCAGAUGAACCAAAUCUAGCUUCAGAGAUAUCACAGGGUGAAUUGUUUAUAUUUCUCUUUUCUUUUGUUUUAAAGUUACCAUCAGAUUCUUUUGGUUUAAUAACACCACAUGAAGUGGAAGUGACAUUAUAUAUCCAUCCAGAUUUGCCUUUCUUACAGGGUCUGCUUGACAUAUUCCCCUUUUCUUCGGAGGAUUUGGAAGCAAGGAGUGCACUUUGGAACAUCAUUGCAAGGUUACUGGUUAGAGUUCAGGAAAAUGAAAUGAGCCGAUCAGCUCUCCAGCAAUAUGUUUCGGUUCUAGUUAGCAAAUCUGAUGUGAUUGAAGAUGAUCUUCUGGACUCCCAAUUAGAUGAAUUAAACUCAAAAGCUAGAACUACAUCUCUUAGAAGGAUCAUCUGUCUUUUAAAUCAGUGGACUGCUUCAAAGGAUGAUCACAAAGAGAAUGAAAUGAUGGGCAACCGACAUGAGGAUGAUAUAAACAUUGAUAGAUUGUUGGACUGCUGUUGUAAGCAUUCUGAGCCUAUACUCAUCCAUUGUUUCUGUUCUCUUCAUAAGGCCUAACAAAUCUGUUCUCAUCUAAAUGGGCUAACAAGUCCUUUUAUGUCCCCUCUGUGUGAAGAAAAUCUAAAAGGAGGGGACAGAUGGAGAAGUUUUAAAGCAGUGUGUUCUCCCUAUUAUCUUCUGAAAAAUGAAGCAGAGCUUAACUAGAUUAGGUCUACACACGAGCAUUUUCUGGCUACCUCCUUGGGCGGAGGCCUGACUUUGGAUUGGGUGGACACCCUUUAAUGGGAGGAACUUUGGCAAUUGGUACUGGUAGGCUUUGUUGUCUGUUUGAAAUCCAAGUGAGGUUUGAAGAUGAAGAAGACGGAAGGGCAUUUGAGGCGAGAGGACGAGAGUACUUGGUUGAAUUUAAUUAUUUCCAAGCCAAUCUUGUAAUGGUCAGAGUGAUUUGUGGGCUGUAUAAAAAUCUUCUAAUUUGACAUCAAAAGUAAUUGGCAAAUCAUACUGCUUUCUCUGUGUUGUUUUCAUAAUGUUUGUUGAUGCCUUAUAAUAUGAUAUCUGAUCAUAAUAAUUGAAAGCUGAUUUCUUUGUUUGGCA